ACUAAAAAUCUUGUUAAUACAAUUGCUAUACAAACUAAAGCUAAUAUUAAUAUAGUUGCUACUCAAACUAAAAAUUUUGUCAAUAUAAUUGCUAUACAAACUGAAUUUAAUAUUAAUACAGUUUCUACUCAAACUAAAAAUUUA